GCCUCGGGAACACCAAUCCGCAAGCGGCCGGAAGUGACGCGUGAGAGGCUUCGUCGGCUGGGGUUGGUGGUUUGAGCCUGGGAGCUCAGUCGGGGAAACCCAUUCCCGCCGCCGCGGUGGUCGGCCCCCGCGUCUGGGAUCCAGCCGGACCCGAGACUGUGGCUGGGUCCCGCAGGAAGAAAGAGGAGGGAUGAGGCCCGGGCUCCCCCGGGCCUCCGGGGUAGGACCCAGCCUCCUUCUCCUCUUUGUCUUUAUGUACCGGAGCUGGGCUGAGCCCCCGACCCUGGAGCCCGCAGCGUCCAAAGUUUCUACACCAAUUAAUGUUGAAAUUAAAUCUUACAAUUUGAAUCCUGAAGUAACUUGGGAUUACCAGAAAAUGUCUCAGAUUCCUACUUUCACAGUGGAGUUAAAGAACUAUAAAGAAGGGAAGUGGAAUGAAGUCUGCACCAAUAUCUCCCAUCGCUUUUGUAACAUAUUUUACCAUGUUAAAAGUCCAUUGAGUUAUUACUGGGCCAGAGUUAAAGCUACCGUUGGACAAAAAGAAUCUUCCUUUGUGGAAUCUAAACAAUUUUUUAUGUAUCAGGAUGGAAAAAUAGGACCACCUAAACUGAAGGUUCAAGAGAAAAAUCACCAACUUAUCAUUGAUAUAACACAUCCUGUAACAGUUGUUGAAGGAGAAGAGAAAGGACCUGUGUGUUUUUAUUAUAAUGAUGAUGAUGAUUAUGAUGAUGACUGCGGCAUAUUCACAUACAAGGUGUAUGUGAAGAUAAAUGGAAGCAAGAUCACUGAGGAAGAACCUCAAUCUUGCAGUGAAACUCAGUGCCAGUUAAUUAUACCAGCAAUUUCAUUUGAUUCGGAGUAUUGCGUUUCUGCUGAAGGAGUUUCUGACAGCUCUGAUGUUUGGACAAGUAUACGUGAGAAAUCAGACGAACAGUGUAUUACAACUUCACCUAAUCCUAAAAGAGAAGAAGAUUCCUUGCCCAUCCUAAUAAUUUCUGUAUGCGUUGCGCUCGUUAUAUGUAUAGUACUCAUAACUUACCUGGUCUGGAAGAGAGAGGUGUUUCAGAGAAAGAACUUCAUAUUACCCAAGUCAUUGGCCUUUGUGGUAAGAAAUUUUAAUUCACGCAACAUUUUAGAGGUGAAUCCUGAACCGAAAUGUAUUUCUGUUGUUGAAACAUCAUAUUUGGUAGUCCCAGAAAGUGAGGAAAAAUCCAUCGAUCAUUUGACCUCAGUGAGUAGCAUUAAUUCUGAAGACAAUAGAGAAAAAUCAGAACACUUCCAAGAAACAUCAAGCAUAACAGAAGAAAUGACUGUUGAAGAAAAUAUUAAUGAAAUGACCUCUGAUAGUCAUCAGAACACAAUGAUGAAAGAGGAUUAUUUUCAUCCUAACAGUAGCCAAGCUGAAUCUGGCAGUCUCAUUUCAGACUCUUGCCUUCCUAGGGAUGAUUCUGAGAAUAGACAUGUGGAAUCAUGCGACUUUAUGUCUGACCCAGAGCCUCCACAAAGUGACCCUGAAACAAGGGCAGACAUUCAAGACAACAUCACUCUAAGGAAGGUUAACACAUCUUAUGGCUAUGAUAAACCUCAUGUUCUGGUAGAUAUGCUUAUAGAUGCCGAUGAUAAAGAGUCUUUAAUUGGUUAUCGGCCUUCAGAACCAUCCGUGGAAAUUUUAUAGUCUUCAGCUAAAACAAAGCAAAUGCGACAUUUUGCAUUUCCUAAAAGUUGACUUUUCAGGUUUUGCUUAAAGGAAGUACCAUGUUCAAGUUGAGUGGUACUGUGUCUGAAUUUUGAGUCUGGUUUCAAAUCCCUGCUCUGUAUGAUCUUGAGCCUCUGGAUCUCCAUGUUCUCCUCUGUAAAAUAGGUUUCAUUUCUAAGGCACCUUUGUACAGUACUUUGAAUCCGCAAUCCUAAAUGCAGAACACAUGUUGAAUGAAGAUGCCGAGGCGGUAGCUACAGUAUCUGUAGUUCAAAGUUUAUGUAAAUGUAACUAUUUAGCACCUUAAAUGUGGAACUCAGUUCAUAAAUCUUUAUGUAUAUAAUCUUUAUCUGUGCUUGGUAGUAGUUAACUAUUGCUAGAACUCCAAUCUUUCAGUUAAUGUAAUAAAACACCAGAGGUGACAUUUGAAUAUAGAUUUUGUCAUCCAAACUUUUUAUUUCCAGUUCUGUGGUUUUGAAUAUUAAAAAAGUAUGAAAUGGAUAAUCAUUAAAGCUAAUAAACCAAGUUUUUUAACUGAGUGAAA